AUGUCGUCACUACCAACAAAGUACACUGUUGGAGAUUACCUUGCCGAACGUCUCGCCCAGAUUGGCAUUCGCCAUCACUUUGUCGUGCCGGGUGACUACAACCUCGUCCUCCUCGACAAACUACAAGCCAACCCCAAUCUCACAGAGGUGGGCUGUGCCAACGAGCUCAACUGCUCGCUGGCCGCUGAAGGGUAUGCCCGUGCCAACGGCGUCUCGGCAUGCGUCGUCACCUUCAGCGUCGGCGCCCUUUCCGCCUUCAAUGGCACCGGCAGUGCCUACGCCGAGAACCUGCCACUGAUUCUCAUCAGCGGUUCACCAAACACCAAUGACGCCAGCCAAUUCCACCUCCUCCACCACACCCUUGGUACGACUGACUACAGCUACCAGCUUGAGAUGGCAAAGAAAAUCACCUGCUGCGCAGUUGCCGUCGCCCGAGCACACGAAGCCCCUAGGCUGAUCGAUCGUGCCAUCCGCCAUGCCCUCCUAGCCCGCAAGCCAUGCUACAUUGAGAUCCCAACGAACCUUUCUGGAGCCGAGUGUGUUCGUCCUGGACCCAUCAGCGCCGUCACCGAUCCCGUCACAAGCGACAAGACCGCCCUCGAGGCAGCUGCCAAUUGCGCUUCCGAGUACCUCUCCGGCAAGCUCAAGCCUGUCAUCCUCGUGGGUCCAAAGCUCCGUCGUGCAGGUGAUGGCGCUGAACAGGCUCUUAUCAAGCUCGCUGAAGCCAUGGGCUGUGCCGUUGCUGUCCAACCCGCAGCCAAGGGCAUGUUCCCAGAGGACCACAAACAGUUCGUGGGUAUCUUCUGGGGCACCGUCAGCACCGACGCGGCAGACUCCAUUGUCCACUGGGCCGAUGCCCUUCUAUGUGUCGGCACCGUCUUCACCGAUUACAGCACAGUAGGGUGGACAGCCAUGCCCGACAUUCCCCUCAUGGCCGCCGAGAUGGACCAUGUCACUUUCCCCGGCGCCCACUUCAGCCGCGUCCGCCUUGGGGAAUUCCUUUCCCACUUGGCUACGACAGUCAAGUUCAACAACUCCACCAUGAUCGAGUACAACCGUCUCAAGCCUGACCCAGUGCUUGUCCGCACGGCCACCCCAAGCGACGAGCUCACCCGCAAGGAGAUCUCGAGACAAAUCCAGGCCCUUCUCGACUCCAAGACCACCCUGUUUGUCGAGACAGGCGACAGCUGGUUCAACGGCGUUCAGCUCAAGCUUCCACCAGGUGCCCUAUUCGAGAUCGAGAUGGCGUGGGGUCACAUCGGCUGGUCUAUCCCCGCUGCUUUUGGGUAUGCCCUCCGUCACCCGGACAGGAAGAUCAUCGUCAUGGUGGGUGAUGGAUCGUUCCAGGUCACUGCUCAAGAGGUGUCACAGAUGGUGAGGUUCAACCUCCCCAUCACCAUCGUCUUGAUCAACAACCGGGGGUACACGAUCGAGGUGGAGAUUCACGAUGGCAGCUACAACAAGAUCAAGAAUUGGAACUAUGCGCUGCUGGUGCAGGCUUUCAAUGGGGAGGAUGGCAAUGCAAAGGGGCUGACGGCCAAGACGGCGGGAGAGUUGCAGGAUGCGAUCAAGGCUGCGGAGGAGAACACAAAAGGCCCGACGUUGAUUGAGUGCUCGAUUGAUCAGGAUGAUUGCAGUCGGGAGUUGAUUACCUGGGGGCACUUCGUGGCUGCGGCUAAUGCGAGACCUCCCAGAUUGCCUGGCGUCUAG